UUUCGUACAACACCGUUUAAAAGGGAAAUCACUUAUGAUUUCCUCAUAUAAAAACAUAGCGUGAACUUGUGUAGACGAAAGUUUCUGUUAUGAAAUUGUUUCUUCGCUGAAAUACGUUGAAACUGGACUAUGGAUUCCAAAGCCAACGAUCCAUCUUUUAACCCAUCUGAGCUGACAGUAAAUAGACCGAAACUAACUGAAGAUGACGAAGAACUUCUUAGGAUGCAAGAAAUGUUUCUUUCUUCUAAACAUAAUCCAGCGGCUACAGUGGUAAAAAAUUCUAAAUCGCACAAGCCUGAUAUUCAAAAGAAACAGGCUCCUUUUAAAAGAGAUGUCGUUGAUAUGCAACAACCUUUUAAAUCAGGUUUGACAGAAGCAUCAGUUACACCACAGAAAAAAUCUAGGUUUCAAGAACAGAAGAAAAACAGCUUUACUAAAGAUACCAAACCAAAUCAGGCCACUGUUGCUGGAGAUACCAACUUGGAUAAAGCUAGUGUUGCUAGAGUAUUGAGCAGCAUCAUUGAAAGAGAUACUAAACAUUAUGUUAGCCAUGACAAACCGUUUUCCCUUGAUGGAUUUCCAAAAGCUCCAAGUCUUCAGAUUGGAAAGAAAUUUGAUUCCACUUCAGCACCACAAGCAAAGAAAAAAAGUUUAUUUGCUCAGCAGUUUGAACAACGGCCAUGCAGUGAUUUCAGUAUCUCUAAUAAACCUAUGUAUGGAACAGCUUCCACCAAGUGUAAUCUGGAAUCUAGUUAUACCCCUCCUCAGAGCAUUGUUUCUGGUUUUGGAUUAAGUGCCAGCAAUGCUGAGAGGGAGGCAAAGGCAAUUCAUGCAGAAAAUUUAAAUAAGCUUUCUUCUAUGACAGAGAAAGAAAUUUUGAUGGAACGGCAAAAGCUUCUUUCUAUGUUAGAUCCAAGUUUGAUUAACUUCUUAAAAACUAGAAAAUCUGAAAAUCUUGAUUCUGAGACUACUUCCACAUCCAUUGAAAAUCAAGAUGAUUCAGACAAAUCUGAAUUGAAACCUGUGCACAAAUUAAAUGAAGACGAACUUCCUGUGAAACCUGAUAGCCAACUUGUACAUAUGGACAAUGUUGAAUAUGAAAAAUUGGCUUGGAUGAAGGAUUUACCUCCUGUUAAUGCCUGUAGUACAAAAGGGAAACCAGCUCGGUUUGACUUUCAAGGUUUCAUUAUCCCUGAAGAUGCUGAAAUACCUGUUGAUUUAGGUCUUCAUCACCAUGGAGAAGAAGCAGAACGUGCUGGUUACACUCUUGAUGAACUAUUUCAUCUUUGUCGUAGUCUUAACUCACAACAACGUACAUUUGCUUUAAAAACAUUAGGUUGCAUCAUUACUAAUGCAAAAAGUGGAAUGUUUGAGGAAAGUAUUGAAGGUGCUAUCAUUCCUUCUGUUAUUAAUGCAGGAAUAGUAUUCCUUCUCAGGUGGGCUCUUGAUGAUAAAAUCACUACUGUUCUCAUUUCUGCUGUCUUUUGUCUCCAUGCUCUUUUGACCAAUAGUGCUGAUGAAAACAGUUUGCAGUUUACAUUCUGUUGGUAUAGAGGAGGGGAGGUGGCUGCUCACCAAGUUGGUGAAGAUACUUUUAAUGCAGAAAAGGAAAAGUUAGAUUUUCUUGAAACAGUAGAAGUAACAGAUGCUGAUGAAGUACAAGCAGAUGUUGUGAGGGCUCUUGUAAAAUCUAUGAAUUUGCUCCCUCGUCUGCGUUUUCUGCUUGAAGUUUGGGAUAUUUCUCCAGAAUCCAUCAAGUGUAUUCUAGAAAUUUUAUGUAGAAUUUCUUAUCAUUCAAAACAAGAAGCAUAUAAUGUUUAUAAAUGUCCAAGACUGAUGGAAUUCAUUUUUAAAGAACUUUUACCUUCAGUUUGCUCUACUGAUGAUAAAACUGUUUCCUCAAUUAUUAGCACAUUGAAGCUAAUAAAAGUUCUUUGUCAAGCUGGGAGGAGCAUGGCAACUGAUAUUGUUACUAAUUAUAAGCUUAUGGACAAAUUGCUGUUGUACAUUGCCCCACAGCCUUCUGAAAUGAAUCUUCCAGAGAAUGUAGCAUAUGAAUUACAAACUGUGUGUUAUAAUAUAUGGCAAGUGUGUCUUUCUUAUGGACUCACUGGACAUUAUUAUUCUGAGUUUUAUCCACAACUAGUAACCAAUACUCAUACUAUUUUAGCACAAUAUCAGAAUAUAACAGAUACUUCAUUUCUGCGAGAAUCUGCAAUUUUAGGUGUUUUGGAAUCUGCUGUACAACUAGCUGGGGCUCAUUCUAGAUAUCACCAAAAAUUAGCUGCAUGUAAAAGGCAGAAAGAUUCACAAGAGCCUAAUAAAAUUGAAAGUUUAAUAGUUCCUAGUCUUCACUGGACUCAGGUCUUGAGUUUGAUUGAUACACUGGAAAUUUUGUUUCAAUCUAUAUUACAGAAUAUUUCUGAAAAGUAUCACUUUAAAAAAUUCUCUCUCAAUUUAGCAACUUCUGUCAUCAAUUUUGUGGCAUCUUUUUAUGAAUUAUGUCCUCAGCAAUCUGAUUCUAAUGUCACUAAUAUUCUCACCCACUUAGAACAGCUAUGCAAUUCUGUAAUUUUCCCACUUUGGUCAACAUUAGGUUUCCGGAGUAUCAUUGCAUCUCUUGCUUCUCAUUCUAAUAUAUUGAAUCAUCAGAUAUUGUUGAAGACAAAGCAUCCUAAAAAUUUACUUGACUUGGGAUGUCAGAAUCUUAUUGAUGAUUCCAAAACAUUACCAAUACUUGCCAUUAGUACUCCUUUUGGUUUUGUCACAGCAUUAUUUCGCCUUUUCAGUGUCAUUGGUUCUCUUCACAAAGGUUUGGCUGACAAAUUUUCUGGUUUAAUUGUCAAUGAUCCUGAUAUAAGAAGCUAUAUUACAGCUGUCGUUAAGACAAAACCUACUGCCACUACAUUCCAGCACAAUUAUUUUACCAGAUUUGAAAACCACUGUCAGUAUUUUCUGCUGAAGACAAUUUCAAUGUCAGCCUUCAAUGAAGUUGACACACCAUACUUUUUAUUGUGUCAUCAACUUUCCCUGCUCUUACUUACCAGGUUACAUGAUGGAGACGAACACUUUGCUCAUGAUCUUCUAUCAUUAUUGAUUUUUAAUAGAAACUUUAUAGCAUUAGAUUCUGAUGUGGAUUCUUCUACUCACCAGUUGUCUUGUUUAAGUAUAUCUGACGGCAGUGGUAUGGUAUGUUCUAACAGCCAGUUAACUGAAGACAUCAAAUUCAAACUUUUGCAGCACAGCAUCUCAUCUUUAAAGGACAUCCGUGCUAAUUAUUUAUCCUCAUUUUCUCAAAUGGAGUCUGCAGUGUUGCAUUCAAAAGCUCGAUGUUUUGCAUAUGUGGAAGAAGUUCACAGUUUUCUUGUAGGUAAAUUAGGAGAAACCUUAUUACCUCGUGACUGGAUAUUUAUGCCUCUUGUUCAUCAGUACAGUCUUUCUAAUUCCUUACCAGAAAAUGAACGCGAACAAUGUAGUCCACAACAAAUUAAUAAAAUUACUCAUGCUUUAAAGUUCAUAUACUUGCUUGAGACACAGCGACCAUCUAUCAUGGAUGGUUUAUCAGCUUCUCUUAAAAUAUCACGACUGAUGUGUGUCUUUCUUGCAGAUAACAAUAUUUUUCUUGAACCUGUUGUCCGUUCCUAUUUGGCUGGUUUGAUGCGAAUUUACAGCAAAGAAAAUAUAUUGGACAGUAUGAACUUUGAUGAGUCAAUCCCUGGUCUUUAUUCAUUUUAUGACUUUUUCAUUGAAUUUCUUAAGCAGUACAUAUCUGUAUCAUUUGGUGACUUUGUUUUUGGGAGCUACCUGCUCCUUCCAUUGCAACAAAUGCACAAUGUCUUCUUGCGUAAAGCUAUUUGGGAAGAGAACAGCAUUGUGCUGCGCACACUGAGAGUCUCAAUACAAGACCAUCUUAUACCAAUUCAUCGAUAUCUUGUUCCUGAAGAAACAAAUCCUGAACUUUUGAAACUGUUAAUUUUGGCUCUCUUAAGAGAGUCAGUCUCAGAAAAGUGGUGCCCAGUGUUAUAUCUUAUUGCUGUACAUCACUGUAAUAGAUUCAUGUUCCGGCAAGAUAGAUAUGAAGAUAAUCUGAGGCAGUUUAUGUUUAGUCAUGUUCUCAAAUGCAGCAAUAGUCAACUGAAAGAACAUCUGUUACAUUAUAAAAUGUAUAAUGCAACUUCAAAUCAUUGUAUUGAACUUUAUCAAAAUCUGCCACAUAAUCGUAAGUCUCUCUUAGAAAAAUACUGUUGAGUUGUUGUUGUUUAACCCCAGGUCUACUUUAAUCCAUGAUUUACUGAUAAUGAUAUAUAAUUUACUAAUAAUAAAUUUGUUACAU